UACAAUGUUGUUGCCAUAAAUUACAAUGUCGUUGCCAUAAAUUACAAUAUUGUUGCCAUAAAUUACAAUGUUGUUGCCAUAAAUUACAAUGCUGUUGCCAUAAAUUACAAUGUUGUUGCCAUAAAUUACAAUGUUGCUGCCAUAAAUUACAAUGCUGUUGCCAUAAAUUACAAUGCUGUUGCCAUAAAUUACAAUGUUGUUGCCAUAAAUUACAAUGUUGUUGCCAUAAAUUACAAUGUCGUUGCCAUAAAUUACAAUGCUGUUGCCAUAAAUUACAAUGCUGUUGCCAUAAAUUACAAUGUCGUUGCCAUAAAUUACAAUGUUGUUGCCAUACUUACACGUGGCUAUUUUACAGGCGGUGAAGAACCACUUAGUGCCACAUUGUAAGUGCCACGGACUAUCUGGCUCUUGCACCCACAGGACCUGUUGGAGGAGGUUACCUCCUUUCCGGAGUGUGGGCCGACACCUGAAGGAUAGGUUCAACGCUGCUAUAAAGGUAAUUCCCAGUAAUGAUGGAGAGACGGUCAUUCCUGAUACAGAGUCCGUGAGGUCUCCAAGAAAGCAAGACCUUGUCUUCCUCGAGAACUCGCCAAGCUUCUGCAGUGCUAACAAGAGGACAGGGUCUCUGGGUACCAGGGGUCGUGUCUGUAACGCCACCUCGUACGACCUCUCAGGAUGUGAAGUGAUGUGCUGUGGCAGAGGUUACGUCCAAGAGGAGCACUAUGUGGAGGAGAACUGCAGGUGCAGAUUCACCUAUUGCUGUAAGGUGACCUGCCAGAAAUGUAGAAGAAAGAAGCUCACUUCUCGGUGCAGAUAGAGAAAUUACUGCUGAUAAUAAUGACACUAAUUGAUAACAAUUACCUUGUUAUUGAUGGCUUGUGAUAGGGAAUUCGAAAGGAUUUAGAAAACAAUGUUUUGUUUUAAUACCUGUGACUUGGAUAAGAAUGUUUUUUGUCCUACAAGAAGUGUUUAAAGUGAUUGAAAAUCAUAGUGUGCGAGAGAUAGACAGUGAAUGGCUUGUGUUUGUUAACUAUUCAACUACUGCUUGUUAGUGUGAUUGACACUGGGGGUUUGUGCACUUUAGUGCCACAGAUGAGGUCUAAUUGAGUCAUUAGACCGUUUGGGUAGUAUUUCGUCCCAUUGGGUCGGAAAGAGUGCAUUUAUAUAUAUAUAU